GUGGGAUGACUCGCUGAGAGUGGCGCGAGUACCAGCGCCGCCUGGCUCGUGUCCAUUUUCGAAAUCCCCGGCCAAGCCACAAGCCCACAUGACGUACUACGUCCAGUCGCCCCACGCCCCGCCGACGCUCCAGCGCUCGUACUCGACCGACAGCAACCAGAGCCCACUGCACCACAAGCGCAACUCGGCCGACGCGUACCUCCCGAGCGAUAUGCAGUCGCAGCUCGAACUCCUUCGCGCGAUCAAGCAGCGCAACCACCAGCUCCGCUGCAUGCUCGAGGAGAUGCAGCCGAUGCAAGCGCCCGGCGCCGACGGCCAGCACAGCCACGAGUACUAUACAGCACAGCUCAACCAACCCGAGGAGCUGCCCGAGGACCUCAAGGCCAUCUUCCUCUCGUACUUCCCAGUCGGUCACAACGCGGCGGCGGCGUGCGAGUUAUAGUAGACGCGCCGCGCCCACCUAUCUAUGUUGUAGUGUCCCUAUUAUCUAAGAUUUAUAGUCCAAGGCGAUCUUCCUUGCCUCCUCC